CCACCAACUUCAACACCGACCCCCACGACGACCACGAUGUUGUCUAGAGUCUCUCGUUCUGCUUCCCGUGCGGCAUUGAGGCGUAGCACACGCACUGUGCCCUCCACCACCACCGUCAGAAACUACGUUCAACCCUCCGGAGCAGACCGCGCGAGUGUCGUCGAUGUUCCCGCGAACUAUCAGGAUGAUGCUCAUUUUGCACCUCGUCCAGAGAUGCUUGGGUUCAAGCUAGAGUCACCGCGUCGGGAGGGCAGCAUGGAAGCCAAAACUCGUCCAAUUUAUCUGGACAUGCAGGCUACAACGCCAGUUGACCCCCGAGUGCUGGACGCAAUGCUGCCGUACCUGACAGAUCAGUACGGGAACCCACACAGCCGAACACAUGCGUACGGCUGGGAGGCUGAAAAAGCAGUUGAGGAUGCGAGAAAGCAUCUCGCUGACCUCAUUGGCGCUGACCCGAAGGAUAUCGUGUUCACGUCCGGAGCUACGGAGUCGAAUAACAUGUCUAUCAAGGGAGUAGCUCGAUUCCACAAGGACAAGAAAAAGCACAUCAUUACUACUCAAACGGAGCACAAAUGCGUGCUAGACUCAUGUCGGAAACUUCAGGAAGAGGGCUUUGACGUCACUUAUCUUCCCGUGCAGACCAACGGUAUCGUCGACCUUGCGGAGCUCGAAAAGGCCAUUCGCCCCGACACCUCAUUAGUCUCCAUCAUGACCGUCAACAACGAGACCGGUGUCAUUCAGCCUAUCAAGGAGAUAGGAGAGAUCGUCCGCAAGCAUCGUGGCGUCUAUCUGCACACCGAUGCGGCGCAAGCUGUCGGGAAGAUCCCACUGGACGUGAAUGAGAUGAACGUCGACUUGAUGAGCAUUUCGGGACACAAGAUCUAUGGACCGAAGGGUGUGGGCGCGUGCUACGUCAGGAGACGGCCACGCGUGCGUUUGGAGCCAAUUCUGAAUGGUGGUGGUCAGGAGAGAGGGUUACGGAGUGGGACUUUGCCGGCGUCGUUGGCGGUAGGAAUGGGAGAGGCUGCGCGGAUCGCACGGUUGGAGAUGACAAGGGAUCAUGCUCGAGUGUCGCAGCUGGCGGAGAGAUUGAUCACCAAGAUCAACUCACAAGUUGAGCAUGUUGUCAGGAAUGGAGAUGUGAACGGCUAUCCUGGCUGCGUCAACCUCAGCUUUGCCUAUGUGGAGGGAGAGAGCUUGUUGAUGGCCUUGAAGGACAUCGCUCUAUCAUCCGGUAGUGCGUGCACGUCCGCCUCUCUUGAGCCUUCAUAUGUACUCCGUGCACUAGGUGCUGCUGAGGACAUGGCUCACUCGUCCCUUCGCUUCGGUAUGGGCCGUUUCACAACUGAAGCAGAAAUUGACUACGUUGUGGAGAAGAUCGUUGCGACCGUGACGAAGCUUCGUGAUAUGAGCCCCCUGUGGGAGAUGGUACAAGAGGGUAUCGACAUCAGCACUAUCGAUUGGUCACAGCACUAGUCUGUGCCGUACAUCACCUUCAUCAUAAUAUUUUUCUGUUUCUUGGCUUUCACGUCGUGCUCUCGUCUUUUUCUUGACUCGUCUCUGUUGUUCUGAGAGUUAUUUUCUUGUGCACUGCUGUUUUCUUUUGACUUGCGCCUUCGCACGGAUGCCGGUAUUAGUAGUCCACGUACUUCUGUCAUGAGCGAAAUCUAUAU